GGGGGCGGGUCGGUUCAUCAGAAUGUUGUUGUUUUUGGCUCCGAGCAGAUGGAGAGCUGACGACCACACCACGACGACGACAGCCUCGACAUCACAUGUUAAUGAGUGACCUUUAAACAGACAUGGGGAAUACAAGCAGCGAGAGGGCCGCCAUGGGCCACGGGGAGAAGCGGAGGGACAGCCGGGGAAUCAAAGAGGGAGAGAGACCAAAAAUCCUGAUGGAUAGCCCAGAAGAUGCUGAUAUUUUUCACGGAGAAGAUAUGAAGGCUCCUUUAGGAAAAGAGGAGUUCCUUGCAUGGCAGCAAGACUUAGAGGCAGAAGACAAAGGGCCCACUGUGGAUCGGCCAACGGUCUUUCGCUGGACCGGAGACGGGAAGGAGGUCUACAUCUCUGGAUCCUUCAACAACUGGGCCAAAAUUCCCCUCAUCAGAAGUCAGAACACUUUUGUGGCCAUUGUUGAUCUACCUGAAGGGGAACAUCAGUACAAGUUUUAUGUGGAUGGCCAGUGGACCCAUGACCCAGCUGAGCCUGUCGUAACCAGCCAGCUGGGCACAGUCAACAACAUUAUCCAGGUGAAGAAAACUGACUUUGAGGUGUUUGACGCUUUAAUGGUGGAUUCACAGAAAUGCUCUGACAUGUCAGAUCUCUCCAGCUCUCCUCCGGGGCCAUAUCAUCAGGACGCUUAUGUUCCCAAACAGGAAGAGAAGAUCAAAUCUCCGCCUAUACUUCCUCCUCACCUCCUGCAGGUCAUCCUCAACAGAGACACGGGCAUCUCUUGUGACCCUGCAUUGCUUCCAGAGCCCAACCACGUCAUGCUCAACCACCUUUAUGCUCUGUCCAUUAAGGAUGGAGUGAUGGUGCUGAGUGCGACACAUCGCUAUAAGAAGAAGUACGUCACCACUUUACUUUACAAGCCCAUCUGACUGGAGAAUGUGUUUUUCUUUGCAAGCUCAUGUACUCCUUAUUCCUUCUUGUGUACUCAACCGUACGCCAAGUGUACAAAAUAUCACGGCUAGUGUCAUACCGCUCACAGGUCCUACCUCUUCAAGCUCCUGACUUGAUGGAGAAGCUCUAAAUGAUGUGGAACGGAGUAAAAUAGUCAUUUGAGAAUUUUAGAAUUAAUUUCCAGCACAAUCCAAGACUGGUUUUUGUUUGAUAUUUUACAAUAAGAGCUUAGAGAUAAUACAUAUUAUAAAACAUGGUCUAAUGAUGGCAGAAAGGCUUGUAUGGGUAAACCUGAUGAAUAAUUUCAAAGAAAGCACUUACAAACAGGCUUGAAGGGGUCAUUAUGAUGAUUAUUGCUUUAAAUAUUCUGAGCUUUUGACACACAGUCAAAGACUGAGUUUGGUGAAUUUCUUUGUUCCAAACAACAGUCAGAUGCAAAAUAGUGUUUUAUAUAACCCUAAAGCUGAUGUAGUUGGACUAAGAGGAUUUGUGACCCCUUUAGAACUUUAGAAUUAUUUUUACAUAAAUAGCAAAAACCGAAGACUGAUGAUUAAUCACUGCAUUUCCAGCAUGUUUCGGUGUGUAUCCAGCUCUAGUGAGCCCAGAACUUUCCUUAUCAGAUUGUUGAGUUUCUUUGAGACACUGGCUCUGAUGCUGAUGCCCCAGAUCAGAUUACUGCAGAUAAAACUGCUCUCUCAAUUCCGCACUUAUAUAUGAUAUAAAGCAUCUUGCUGCAAACAUUGAAGGAGCUUAGCGUCCUCAGGAAGUGAAAAUCUGCUGUCCAGGAAAACCUUGGGGCAUCUUUAGUUCUCUACCACCUUCUCCAAUAAAUAGUGUUCUUCUUAUUCCUGGUUAUUUUAAGAUCCAUAAUCAUCUGACAUAACUAUUAUUGAUAUUAUAAGCUAUGAAUAGAUGACAUAAAGUGAUUUCCCAGUUCUCUGUACUCACCUCCAUCCCCCACGAUGCACCUAACAACAGCAGAGUGUAUCCAACAUCAACUUCAUGAAACUCCAAAAUCAGUGGAUAUCAGCCUGAAAGGUACAUGUUUACUUUCUGAGGAGGGGCAUUAACGAUCCUUCAAGCUGACUUAGGGACUGAUCAGUAAUUGCUGAAAAUGUUUUGUAUUUAUUGUUACACCAGGUACUGAAAGAGAAGGUUCUCUCAUUAGAUGACAGCUUUUAUAUUUUCGCCUGUUUUGAAAAAAAAAAAAAAAAAAAAGGGUUCUGUGGAUCAGCCUGAUGCUUUAGCUUAUGCAGUUGUGUGAAAAAGAGUUUACCCCCUUCCUGAUUUCUUAUUUUAUUUUGCAUGUUUGUCACACUUAAAUGUUUCAGAUCAUCAAACAAAUUUAAAUAUUAGACAAAGAUAACACAAGUAAACACAAAAUGCAGUUUUUAAAUGAAGGUUUUAUUACUAAGGGGGAAAAAAAAUCCUAAAUCCAAAUCCUUCUAUAUCAAGAAAUCGCUUAAAUAGGACCUGCCUGACAAAGGGAAGUAGACCAAAAGAUCCUCAAAAGCUAGACAUCAUACUGUGAUCCAAAGACAUUCAGGAACAAAUGAGAAACAAAGUAAUUGAGAUCUAUCAGUCUGGAAAAGAUUACAAAAUCAUUUCUAAAGCUUUGGGACUCCAGCGAUCCACAGUGAGAGUCUUUAUCCACAAAUGGAGAAAACAUGGAACCGUGGUGAACCUUCCCAGGAGGGGAAGCGACAACUCAUCCAAGAGAUCAUAAAAGACCCCAUAACAACAUCCAAAGAACUGCAGGCCUCACUUGUCUAAAUAAGGUCUCUGUUCAUGACUCCACCAUAAGAAAGAGACUGGGCUAAAAUGGCUGCAUGGCUGCAUGGUUCCAAGAUGAAAACCACUGCUGGGCAAUAAGAACAUAACGGCUCGUCUCAGUUUUGCCAGAAAACAUCUUGAUGAUCCCCAAGACUUUUGGGGAAAUAGUCUGUGGACUGACGAGACAAAAGUUGUAAGGUGUAUGUCCCAUUACAUCUGGCGUAAAAGUAACACAGCUUUUCAGAAAAGGAACAUCAUAGCAACAGUAAAACAUGGAGGUGGUAGUGUGAUGGUCUGGGCUGUUCUGCUGCUUCAGGACCUGGAAGACUUGCUGUGGUAAAUGGAACCAUGAAUUCUGCUGUCUACCAAAUAAUCCUGAAGGAGAAAGUCCAGCCAUCUGUUGGUGACCUCAAGCUGAAGCCUCUCGGGUUCUGCAGCAGGACAAUGAUCCAAAACACACCAGCAAGUCCAACCUCUGAAUGGCUGAAGAAAAACUAAAUGAAGACUUUGGAGUGGCCUAGUCAAAGUCCCGACAUGAAUCCCAUUGAGAUGCUGAGGCAUCACCUUAAAAAGGAGUUUCAUGCUCGAAAACCCUCAAAUGUGGCUGAAUUACAACAAUUCUGCAAAGAUGAGUGGCCCAAAAUUCCUCCACAGCUGGAAAAGACUCAUUGUCAGUUAUGGCAAAUGCUCAAUUGCAGUUGUUGCUGCUAAGGGGCCCAACCAGUUAUUAGGUUUAGGGGGCAAUCACUUUUUUUACACAGGGCCAUGUAGGUUUGGAUUUUUCUUUCCCUUUAAUAAUAAAAACCUUCAUUUAAAAACUGCAUUUUGGGUUUACUUGUGUUAUCUAUGUCUAAUAUUUAAAUUUGUUUGAUGAUCUGAAACAUUUAAGUGCGACAAACAUGCAAAAAAAAUAAGAAAUCAGGAAGGGGGCAGACACUUUUUCACACAACUGAAUGCUUAAAGAAAUAGAGACAAUUCUGUGACUGUAUCUUGUACCGGUACACUCUUUGUAUAUACAGUCACUGUUUUGGAUGGUAAAUAAUCAUUCCAGUCCCACAUAAUCUGUCUUGUUGUUUUUGCUUUAUUGUUGCUAUGUUGAAUGCAAGGCAAUAAUGACAGGGUGGGACUCUGAACUGUUUGUAAUAUUUAAGUAAAAGACCUCAAAAUAAACAAGGUUGUUCUCAUAUUUCCCACAAAGAAACAACUCUUCAAUCAAGACUGAAUGGAUGCACUGCAGUAGUUUUCCACUGUUUCUCUUCUGCUCUUUAUGUUAAAACUGAUGAGUUUUAAUGAGUGAUGACCACAAUGCACAUAGUAGGUAUAUAAUAUAUUAAAUUAUAAGUGAUAUAUAUUUUAUAACACUAGUUGAUGUGGAUUAUUUUGUUAUUACAUAUUGUUUUUAUGAAGUUUGUUUUAUUGUCUUGUAUUAACCAUUCCAGUAAAGACAGUAGCAAAUUGUUAGCACUUUUUAUUUAAUGUAGAUUUUGCACUUUUAGAGCAUGACAAUGUAUCACAUGUUUACCACUUUUAAAAUGUGUGAAAUGUGUUAAAUCAAGAAUCACAUAAACAUUGAUCAUUUCUGGCUCUGUGUGUCAUUUGUUUAUGUCACAUGACAUCUUCUGUA